AAGGAAGGUUUUCCGUGCGUACGCUUGGAGGAUUUCAGAAAUUUUCCAUAUUUUUUAGUGUUUUGUGAUAAAAAUGAACAGUAAAGCAAUGCUGAAAAUACCAGUUCUAAUAUUGGCCGUGUUAAUGUGGUUCCAGUGUAAUACCUGUGCUGCGUAUGUGGUUCCGGGUAACACACCUCCCGACGAAGAUCGAUAUUACGAUAAAGAAUACGUUCGUGAGUUGGCUAGCUUCAUUGCUGCGUUAAGUGGUUCCGGCAACAACCCAUGUCACAACAAUUACGCUGGAUAUACUAAUCCAAUCCCGAAAAGGAAUUCUGAAUUAAUAAACUCUUUACUUAGCUUACCGAAAACAAUGUCCGAUGUUGGAAAGUGAGAGAUAUAAACCAGAGGAAACGUAUAGAAACGCCAUUUCUGAGUAUACAACAAUUAAACACGUGCAAUGAUUUUUUUUAUCAAUCAUUUUGAAGGUAAAAUGAAACCCAUACAAAUUUAGUGGAUUGUGUUAGUUGAUUUUGUCUAAAUAAACCAAAAGAAAUGUCAAAAUAAAAUUCUGUGUUUGCAAA